AUGUCUCACUGCCUCGCAAGAGAUAGAGACCUAAUUUUUAAUUCAGAGUAUGGAAUAAUACUUGAAAAAAUUGGAGUAUCCUACAUUCAUUAUGGUCAUAUCUACAUUCCUAUAACUUUCUCUUUACCUCAAGAAAUAAAUAUUCAAACAUCAUAUAAUAUAGAUCACACAGCUCAUUGUGAUUAUCAGAAGUCAAUCAAUGAUAGAAUAACAGUAAUUAAUGAUUUCUUGAAAUAUAUUGUACCAAAUAAAAUGUAUUCAUCUUACAAACCAAAUGCAGAUUCCUCUCUCCGUAAUCCUCGGAAUAAAAGAUUAAUUCCAUUUGCUGCGCUAGGUGCUAGCACAUUAUCUUUAGGAGUAUCUGCAUGGAAUCGUUAUGAUAUCUCAGGCAUUAAAGACAAGAUUUCAGAAAUAGAGAAACAUAAUAACUUAAUAAAUAAUAAAAUAUCUCAAAUAGUGAUGUACUCCAAUACAAUUAUCUCCGAAUUCAACAAAGUGCAUCAUAUAGUGAGCGAGCACACAAAUUCGAUCAAUAAGAUUAUAGAGGGGUUAAAUUGCACAUCUCAAUCUCUUUAUGAGUUAGAUACAUUUCUAUCAUCAUGGGCUAAUUAUGUACCAAUGGAAUUUAUAAGGGCUUUAGAUUUUGCAUUUUUAGGGAAAAUUGUUCCUGAUCUCAUACCAUAUAGCUCUUUGAUUAAAAUACUUAUAAAUACUAAAGAACUUAGCUCUGGCCCUUACAUGAUGGAUCCAACUUUGGCGUACCAAUUAGGUGAUUUUUUAUUAUUAGAUAUAAACACAGCACCGUAUAGCAUAAUAGGAAUUAUGGUAUUGCCACAUUUGUUAUCCUCAUCAGUUGGCGAUCUAUAUCAAGUUGGUACAGUAUCCUGGAAGAACGGAUCAUAUAUGCAUAAAUUCCACUUACCAUCUAUUAUCUCACACAUUCCAAAUAAGGGCGGUUUUUGGUAUCCUGAUCCUGUUGAUUGUGUGAACUAUCCGUUUUACACUAUUUGUCCAAAUAAUAUUAUGACUAUAACAGAAGAUUAUUGUCUAACAAAUAUCAUGUUGAUGAAUAAUACUAAUGAUUGUAGUAUAACAACUAAAAAGUAUAAUGAUGAGGAUAGGAUAGAUAUUUACCAAAUGAGAUCUGGGCUUCUUAUUGGAUCAAGCGAUGAGGUGGUAACAAUAUUCCGAAAUGCAGAUCAUGAGGUAUCAACGAAAAUGCACUUGUUAGAAAAUGCCACGAUUUUUCUUACCCCGGAUAUGGGAGAAUCUUUAAUAUAUAAAAAUGACUUGUAUAGCAUAGGAAUACACCAUGAUCCAGUAAAAAUCACCACCUUUAAUGUUAGUUUCAAUUAUUAUCACCAUGAUGAUCUUGUUAAAAUGAAAGAAGACACAUGGGUAGAUAUAUCAACUCUACCAGAAGAGGACUCUUAUAGUGAUAUCCAAAAUGGGCAUUCUGCUUUGAUAGCUACUACUAUGGUACUGACUAUAAUUUCCAUUGUUGGUGUGUAUAUCUUAUUGAUGAAGUAUAAACUAUACGAAAGAGUGCUGGCAGCCAUCAUUGAUGAUAGAAAGGAUGAUACCCUGAUGCCAAUCUCUCAGGGUGCAUGA